GAUGUUACAACUUCACAAUGACUACUGCAAACGGCGAAAGCGACAGCGCAACGAAAUCUAAGAAAAACAAAUACAGAAAAGACAAACCUUGGGAUGACGAGGCUGUCGAUCACUGGAAGGUGCAGCCGUUCACGCAGGAUGACAGUAAACAUGCUCUGGUCGAAGAGAGCUCGUUCGCCACUCUGUUUCCGAAAUAUCGAGAGAAGUACUUGAGAGAGGCUUGGACACACGUUAAACGGACUCUUGCCGAGCAUGGCAUUGAUUGCACUCUUGACCUGGUUGAAGGCAGUAUGACCGUAAGAACAACUCGUAAAACCUGGGAUCCUUACAUUAUCAUCAAAUCACGUGAUAUGAUCAAACUAAUGGCUCGAAGCGUCCCCUACGAACAGGCUCGUCGUGUAUUGGAGGAUGAUGUAGCAUGUGAUGUGAUUAAGAUUGGCAGUCUUGUGCGUAAUAAGGAGAGAUUUGUGAAACGACGGCAGAGGCUGAUAGGACCGAAUGGGGCAACACUAAAGGCUAUAGAGCUGCUAACUGGAUGUUACAUGAUGGUGCAAGGAAACACGGUAUCUUGCUUAGGUUCAUACAAAGGAUUGAAACAGGUACGACAGAUUGUGUUGGACACGAUGAACAACAUUCAUCCAGUCUACAACAUUAAGAGACUAAUGAUUAAACGAGAGCUAGCGAAGGAUCCCUCUCUUCAAAACGAGUCAUGGGAUCGCUUCCUGCCAAAAUUCAAAGCAACAAACGUAACAAGGAAGAAAAUCAAGCGAAAACCAGAGAAGAAACCAUACACACCAUUCCCUCCACCACAAACAGAAAGCAAGGUUGACAAACAGCUUGCUAGUGGAGAGUACUUUUUGAAAGAGCACGAACGACGUACCAAGAAGAAAAUGGAGCAGGAGUCUCAACGCUCGGAAAAGUCAGAAAAGAGGAAAGCAAAGAGAGAGCAGUCGUUCAUCGCACCGGCAGAGCCACCAGUCAAGAAAGCAAAAGUGGCUGCUGAGUCUGACGUGGACAUACCAAGACUAAAGAAAAAAGUGAAAGCAGCUCAAAAGUUGAAGACGUCAUUCAAGACGAAGUGACACGAGGCAAACAAAUUGCUACACGAGUAUACGACAUGUUGGUGCACUGACGUUGAAUGUACGUUUCAUGUUACUUCGUUAGUUACUGCAUGCCCACAUUGGGUUAGAAAAACAAUCAUGAAGUCCCCUUGUGGGGGACCAAGGCCCCAUCUGUGGGGACAUGGUCUCACAGGUGGAGCAGAGACAUGACAUGAUAGAGUUUGUGAACAAGAGCUAAUUGA